AUUCGAACUAAUUACUCCCCAGUGCUUCCUGGGGCUUUAAGUCGAGGUAGCGCAUCUACGUUAACAGAGCCUGCCUCGGAUUCAUUUCGAGGCUUUCCCAUGUUGUGGACAUGUUUGUUCGAUUUUGUUGUUUCGGGAGUUAUUACAUCGACUUUGGUUCUUUCGAAAGAGUUUCCUAGUGUAGACAUGCCCCAAGGGAGUGGCCUUUAUUGAUACCCACUUUGCACUGCACGGGGCAUGAUUCUCAUCUCCCCUACGGUGCUGUAAUUCCACUGACAUUAGUGGCGUUACUGUGGAUUUACACCAGUGUGAGUGAGGGGAAAAUCCGGCCUGCGAGUCUCUUUAAUAGGGUGCCAUUAACAGUCAAGCCCCUGCUGUACGUGCUCUAUAAAAAUAACUGUUUCCUCAUAAAUAAAACGUGAGCCAGCAUCAGCGGUAGAAUAAAACACCCAGCAAGCAGUUGCCUGGCAGAUUCCGUUCAGCGGUUCUGUUUCUUCUGAAGAAGCUUGUGACGGGAGAGAACAGCUGUUGUACAUCACACCCUCCCAACAAAAACAGUCCCAGCAGAGAUCUUGGAUGUUUUUCAAUUUUGGAUUUGCCAUGGGAAUGGCAUCUAGGCAAAAAAACGUGCAAGGUUCAUUCUGGAAAUUUUCUAGCAUGAGCUGGAGCCACCUGUGUGUAUGACUACAAAACACUGUCAUGACAUUUGCAAUACAUUUGGGCCUACCUCUCAACUGUAACAGAAAGGCAUAGAGAUUGGGAAAGGUCCCUUUGGUCCUGGGAACAACAGUUGUCCUAUCAGGGUUGUUCCUUAAAUAUAUUUCUUAAGUGUUUUGCGUAAAUCAGCUGAAGAAGGUAAAGACGUAAAACUGUAGCUCAGUGGUUAGAUUUUUUAAAUUUAUGACUCUGUGAGAGUCUCUUGUUGAAAUGUCACAUUUGGCUGCGUGUUAGUUGCUGAAUUCCAGCGACAGCAACAAAUAAAAUCGGGUGGGUGGUGAUUGGUGAGUAGGGGAAGAGGCGUGACUGUUCCAUGUGUAAUACACUACAUAGGAAUCCAAAAGUCAAGGCAAUAGCCCUAAAUAAUUUAUAUAAUAAUAAUGUAUAUAAUUUAAAUACUAGUGCCUGGUGGAAUAAUUGAUAGGCAAAGCAAUCUUUCUUGUCUUUAAACAUCACACAUGUUCCAUUUGAGAGGUACAGCACGAAUGGUGAUGUCCACUGAUUGCACCAAGUUAGGGAGCUGUUAACUACUGUUUUGGGAUAGAAUGAAGAGAACUGGUCCCUUAAAGUACUAUUUUAGCACAUAAAAGAUGCACUGUAUCCUGCCAUCUCACAGUUGCACCUCCAGGGUGUGUUGUUAAAUAGGGUCCGGCUGGGUCAGGAUCUAGAUAGGAAACCUCCUAAGAUUACCUGAGAAUCUUCUGCCCAUUGACAUAGGGAAGACAGAACUCUCAUCUGGGUAGACACCCAGUCCAGGGAUGGCACGCGUGGGGUGGUUUGCAACUCGUCCUACAACUUGGCUGCCCUGUCCUCGCAGUAGAGAGGGACAACAAGUUUCCUCCUAACGGACAAAGGAAGCCAAGUCCCGGUGCUGAAGGUUCCUGCUGGAAAAUACCAAAUGCAGAGAAUUAACAUAAAGCAAAGCAAACGGGUACAAAGCAGACUGGGUGUAAAUACUCUGCAGGCUGCAAUGAAGGGGUCCUAGCACACUCGGUGACACUCCCCACAUACAGAGGGGCCACUUGCAUUGUGCAGUACUGAAGUCCUACCUAGGCCCUGUCUUCAAGAGUCCAAGAAGGCCGUUGGAAGUGGCUUUUUGCUCCAGGCUGAGAUUCAGUGACUGAAGCCCCAGAAUCCCUGUUUUCAGAGAAGUGCCCCAGAAAUACCGAAUCUGAUGCCAGGACACAUGUACCGUACAAACUGCAUUGGUGCCUGGUACACACCCAGUUAAGCCAAUGAUGUUGUGCAGAGAUUAAUUUUGCCCCUGAGAAUAAAAUGAGCAGUUGAACUGAAUGAUUGAAACUGGCUUCUGUCCAUUGGCUGUUGUUUUCAGUUCCCAAACACAAAGAUGGACAAGUUAGAGCAAGGAUGUUUUUCAUUUGUUCCUGCCCUUUUCUUCCGUUUUAUGUGGCCUUCUAUUCCUUUGAGAAACAGUAAUAUUUGGAGUCAUUAUAUUACUGAGAUAAGUUAAAGCACAUUUAUACAUUGCAACAUCUUAUUUCUAUAUUGUUGUUGCCUGUCUCCCACCAACAGCAUAAUUAAAAGAGAGAGAGAGAGAGAGAAACAGUAUGCCUUAUCCCUGCAAAUAUAAUGGGUCAGUUUCACCAGUACACGCUGCUCCUUUAUGCUGCAGUGGUGAUGCAAAGUGCCUGCAAACUUGGUUUAAAUAGCUGGUGAAAUGGGUUUAUUGCUGCUUUUAAUUAUUGUAACAGUACAGAGCAGCCAAAGCAGGGUGGCAAAUUAGAUCCCAAAUCUACAAAUAAGCAUGCAUUUAAUCCAUAGGAAAUCACUUUGGUUUCUUGUAUGUUGCUGGCCUCUCUUCCCAUGGUGUCUUGGGACAGCUCUCUCAACAUGUGGACACAAUCUACAGAAAUGGCACCAAAGUUAAAAAACCCAAUAGUUCAGCUGUUCAGCAUUUGACCUUUACAAGAAUCUGUGCAUUAGAUUUCAUUUCAUACAGAAUAUUUUUCAGCCAGUUUGUUUGAAAAACUGGAUGUGAUUGAUUGCUCUCCACAAGCCCCAAACACAUUUUCAACUUGGGAGGUUUAUUAGUAGGACUAGUCCAGCUCUCUAGCAAGCAGUAUUUCAUUUCAGUGAUUCAUGAGCAUUCAUUUUACACUCAGUUUGCAUUUUAUCAAUAAAACAUUUCAAAUGCAUACACUGCUGUAAAUAAUCCCUCGUCUAACAACCUUUUUGCUGUGUUUUAUGUUAAUCUAAAUGACAGGGCUGUUUGUAAUGUGGGGCAAAUAGUCUUCUUUGUAGUCCUCCAAGUGCAUGUUUUAUCUGCUCAAGUAUUCAUUUUAAGUGGACUAGUUCUCUCGCUUCCUCUGAGCUUGCCUAGAAUGGACACAGCUUUACAAGUUUGACGGGAUUUUGUUUAACAGUUAUUAUACGCUGUCUUGUGCUUUGAUACCAGGAUCGAGCAAGCAAGCAGGUCACUGGAGUUUAAAAAGAGUAAGACUGACUCCAGACGAUCCCUCCAGAUGUGGGCCCAAAAUGUGGUUUCACGAGAGCACAUGCUAGUGAAACCGUGAUAAAGCUGUGUCUUGCAAGAUACUGGCUUUUACUGUAUUGUCCCAGUCUGAGCCAGGGGAGGGCUUGAAGGGCGGGCGGUAAAGCCAUAUACACCAAUCUGACUCGUUUCACAUUGAUGGCUUUUGCUCUGACAUGCUGUUUUCUUUCAGAUGAAGAAUCUCAUGAACUUGCCUGGCUUUGGAAACACGUCAAGGGCAGGGUGCAAAACACACUAGUAGGACAUGACCCUUAACCUUUUCUCUAAAGAGUAGCCCUAUAGGCAUCUUUCACCACGUGAAGAAGCUGUUCCUGAGCGAGCAAGCAGGCCGAGCCCAGGCUCUGGAGUUUGUCCGCAAGAAUGUUGCCAAUGCCAUCUCUGUGGCUAACCUGAUCAUGGGUCUGUCCUCCAUCCUCUGCAGCCUCAAUGGGCAAUACCACUGCGCCUGCUGGCUGCUCCUGAUCGGAUUCCUGCUCGACUUGGCUGAUGGGGCGGUUGCUAGACAACUGAACGCUUGCUCGGCCCUGGGUGCCAAGUUGGAUGAUUUUGCUGACUUCACUUCGUUCGGUCUGGCCACCGCGCUGCUGCUGCAGGCUCACGGGCUCAUGGAUGGCUUGUUGGCGAUCGUCUAUGUGCUCGCCGUCUUUACCCGCUUGUGCUUCUUCUCAAGUGGAAUCCCUUUCAUGUACCGAGGCCUGCCCUGCCCAUACGCUUCUUCCCUCCUGACUGGCACAUACCUCUUGACAGGCGGCAACUUGGUGGUUCUACGGAUUGUAGCCAUUGUCAUGAUCCUAUUCAUGGUUGACCAGGGUUUCUAUCCCCACGACAAAGUCCUGGAGUCCCAGCCCUGGAAAAAGAUGGUCUACGUAGGGGGUAUCCUGAUGGUUUUGUUCUCUUCCUAUUCAAUAGUCUCUCUCUACUAUCUCGUUUGGUCUACUACGUACAUCUUCUUCCCAGCUGCCUUGUGGAGCAGCAAAGUGUAACUGCACGCUCAGUACUGUGGAGGUGAUGACAGCUUCGGGUGUCACCCUGAUAACCUGCCAAAGGCAACGUCUGUGACUUAAAUGAAGACUUAUCCUGUGUUAACA